CUGGCAAUCUCUCGGGUUGACUCGGACGACGAUAACGUCGGAGGAGAAGCUCACGGACAGUGGAGAUGACCAGAAUCGAGGAGACUCUUUCGGUGUUUCGAGUCGGCUGCAGCUCAACUGUUGGGCCGCUUGGAGGAUUUUCCUCUCUCUCUUUUGAACAGGUGUUCAAUGCCAAGACAGCUGAAUUAAUCAUUCACCACCAGGUAGAAAUCGACCAAAGUUUUCCGAAGGAGGGGUGGGUGGAGGAGGAUCCCAGGGAAAUAAUACAGUCAGUCUACGAAUGUAUGGAGAAAACCUGUGAAAAACUUUGCCAGCUCCACAUUGACGUCGGCAACAUUAAAGCGGUGGGUGUGACCAAUCAGAGAGAGACAACCCUGGUUUGGGACAAAGUCACAGGAGAACCUCUCUAUAAUGCUAUUGUUUGGCUAGACCUGCGCACACAAUCUACAGUGGAGAGGCUCAUCAACAAAGCACCAGACAAAAACAAGAAUCUCCUCAGGCACAAGACGGGUCUUCCCAUCAGCACCUACUUCAGUGCGGUCAAGUUGCGUUGGCUGCUGGACAACGUGGACACGGUGCGACAGGCCGUGCUGAGCGGGCGCGCCGUGUUCGGAACAGUGGACUCCUGGAUCAUCUGGUGCCUGACGGGUGGCAGGAACGGAGGAAUCCACUGCACGGAUGUUUCCAAUGCCAGUCGCACCAUGCUCUUCAACAUUCACACGAUGGACUGGGAUCAUGAACUCUGCAGUUACUUCGAUAUUCCAAUGGAACUUCUCCCCAAAGUCAAAAGCUCCUCUGAAAUAUACGGCUGGAUGAAAACAACCAGCCUUGAAGGAGUUCCGAUCUCUGGGUGCCUCGGCGACCAGUCGGCCGCUCUGGUUGGUCAGAUGUGCUUCGAGGACGGCCAGACCAAAAACACGUACUGUACAUCGUUCGCAAAUCGCCUUUUAUCUCCAACGGCAUCUCUCGACUGUCGCCGUUUCGUCAUUGGCUAUUUCGUAUUGUCGUGCAAAGGUACGGGACAGGAUGCUUCAUGCUCAGAAAUACGGGGGAGAAGGUACGUCAAAACGGAACGCAUCGAAACGAGGAAAUUGUUGAUUGAAACGUUUCGACGAUUUCACCAGCCUGUCAUGUCAGAGCACGGCCUGCUGACGACAGUCGCCUACAAACUGGGAAGAGAUCGGCCUCCUUGCUACGCGCUCGAGGGCUCCGUGGCCAUCGCCGGGGCGGCGGUUCGAUGGCUCAAGGACAAUAUGGGAAUAGCGCAGUCGCCCGCGGAGAUCGAGAAAUUAGCCGCCUCAGCAGGGACGUCUUACGGCUGUUAUUUUGUGCCUGCCUUUUCCGGGCUCUACGCUCCAUAUUGGGAGCCCAGUGCACGGGGCGUCAUCUGCGGCCUCACGCAGUUCACCAACAAGAGCCAUUUGGCUUUUGCGGCUCUCGAGGCCGUCUGCUUCCAAACCAGAGAGAUCGUCGACGCAAUGAACAAGGACAGCGGUGUCCCUCUGGUGCGGCUGCAGGUGGACGGAGGCAUGACGGCGAACAGAUUACUCAUGCAGCUGCAGGCCGACAUCCUCGGCGCGUCUGUGGUGAAACCCUCUAUGUCAGAGACUACGGCUCUUGGCGCUGCCAUGGCGGCAGGGUCCGCAGAGGGCGUGAACGUGUGGAGCCUCAGCCCCGGUGAUCUUCCUCACGUGACUUCUGAAAAAUACGAGCCUCAGAUCAACUGUGACGAGAGCGAGUUCCGCUUUGCUCGCUGGAAGAAGGCGGUCCAAAGAUCCAUGAACUGGGAGACCACAGAGCCAGGCUGCAGCGACGACGGAGGAACUCGGAGUACCCGGAGAAAACCCACGCGGGCACGGGGAGAACACGAAACUCCACACAAGCGAGGCCGGAUUCGGCGGAUGCGCUAACCAGUCUUUCACCGUUCCACGUCAUUUCAUCAAGUCCCCCCCCUCCACCCCCGGCUAACCAAGUGAUCUAAAAUGGCUCAAGACCUUCAUGGGAAUGACCAGGUGCUAGCUGCGGCCAGAUAUCAGUUAUACCCCAUAGUCGUGACAUAACUUUUCAAUCUUCACUACCGGUAUGUCCUCCUCGGAAACGGGCACCACUUUGCUGCCUGAAGGAAUGGAAAAUAAAUAUGUAUGCGCUGUCAAAAGCUAUCGAGAUAUAUUUGCGCAAUUCUUUGGGGAGUGCAGAACAUUAAAAUAAAAUUGCAUUAAUCAUGGUGCCAGCAUGGCCACCGGAGAUAUUUUGACAAAUGCAUUGCAGCUCACAAAUUUUGACUGGUAGCUAUACAGGUGCAUAAGAAUUGGAAAACCAUGUUAGUCAAAAACUCAUUGUAUGGAUUCAUUACACGGAGUAAACUACUUUUUUAUUUUAGCUUCCAGCAAAUAAAAACAUUUGACCAUCUCCAAGAAAUUAGAAUGUUACACAAGAGAAGAUUGUAAUAUGGAAAUUGUUUUGUAACUGUAAAGUAUUUUCUUGUUGCGCGAAUCAACUUUUUCCCAAUCAAGAUGACUAAUGCUCGAUGAAACACUGGGCCAAACAUUUGACAGUUUGGAAGGUAGUUUGUAACUUCAGUUUUUCUGUGAAAUUAGAUCUGCUGGAAUUUAUAGCUUCCUGUGAUGAAGGCUUGAUUAUUUGUUUACAUCAUUGCCUCCAAUGUCUUAUUAGGGAUGUAAUAAUCUCAAAUACGCACAAUCAAUAGUCAUUUCCAAUAUUCAAAUGUCACUUGGGAUUUUAUAUAUAAACUCACACUUCAGUUUUCUGAGCAAAUGUAUGCAGCCGUACAAACAUGGAAUUCUUCAAAUCUAUAUUAAAAAAUAUCCAGCAAGGUAGCUAGUCAUAAAAGUCUUGGAAAUAAAGGAGAAAACGGGACCGAGAUAACUUUGCCCAUAUAACAUAAGUGAGCAGGACACAAAGGGCUGUUUUUUUCCACCAAUACUCCGACAAAGAAUCAGUCGGGUGAUUCGAAUCAUCCAAUUAGCGAGAGAACUGCCUUUUGUCGCUCCGUCCUUUGUUGACAUGCUUAAAGAUUUUGGACUUGUGCACAUUCUUGGAUUUCUGGUAACCAAAACCGCCGCCGCCGCCUCGCUUUUGCAGCUUUGCACCUUUACUGCCGUGGACAUCUCAGGAAAAGGGCCGGGUUAAGGAGAACACUGUUCGAAUCAUUUUACAUUGCUCCACAAGUGGUGCAAUACAAGUGCUAAAAGCAUACACACACACACACACACACACACACACACACACACAGGUUUAAAGAUGUCAAAAAUGUGAACAUUAAAAAUGCAAUCUAAUUACAAAUUAGCAACACAUUUGACCUGCAUUACAUGACCGAAAAGGAUACUAAGAUCAACGUAGGGUGGGACUUUGAAUCCAAAAGACAACGCCACCAUGAGGAGGUUAAGUGUGUUGACGCUGUAGAUCUGCUUGAGCGAGUGCGAGUCGUAAGCCCUCACGUAAGACUUGUAGGCCUCUUGGGCUGACUUGUGAAGAUAGUAGUUCUUCUCAAUCAGUUUCUCCAACUGAGCAAGAAGAGAAUUUUAACUGACGUCAAAACAUUCUCUCUUUGAGAUGUGAUCUGCUCAGCUACUCAAAGCGCGAGAUUGCUUACCUGGGACUGGAUAUCGGAGAUUUUACUCCAGGAAAAUUCAAACUCGCUCAGGGGGACCUGCAGAACACCGCACACUUAUGUUACUCUCACGGAACGCGUCAUAAGCACGGGGGCCUGAAUACGACCAGGCAGCACCAAAUCCUCUCUUUACCUUGGCCUGCUUGAGGAAGCGCAGGAAUCCGAGUUCCUCCGGUCGGAGGAUCAGGAGCGCGUGGCCUCUGCCGUUGAUGCCUCGAGCCGUUCUGCCCACUCUGUGGAUGUAUUCCUGUGGGCGGGAGGUAGACUUGA